CUGGAAUUGAAACAAUAAAACGUGUGGCGUUGCCGCUUUAAAUGCGCUAAGAGCGAGAGAGGGAGAGAGAAUGGGGAUGACGUACGCAGCGCAGCGCAGAUAUCGGAGUUGAUCCGUAGACACUGGAGGAGCAGCGGAGAGAGCAAGAAACGAGUGCUGGUCUGUUUGGAGAAGUCACCCCGCCAUGCGUGAAUACAAGCUAGUGGUGUUGGGCUCGGGGGGCGUGGGGAAAUCCGCGCUGACAGUCCAGUUCGUUCAGGGAAUUUUCGUGGAGAAGUACGACCCCACAAUAGAAGACUCCUACAGAAAGCAAGUGGAGGUGGACGGGCAGCAGUGCAUGCUGGAAAUCCUGGACACGGCAGGGACAGAGCAGUUCACGGCGAUGCGGGACCUGUACAUGAAGAAUGGACAGGGCUUCGCGCUGGUCUACUCCAUCACGGCACAGUCCACCUUCAACGACCUCCAGGACCUGAGGGAGCAAAUCCUACGAGUGAAGGACACGGAGGAUGUGCCCAUGAUCCUGGUGGGGAACAAGUGUGACCUGGAGGAGGAGCGGGUGGUGGGGAAGGAGCAGGGCCAGAACCUGGCCCGGCAGUGGAACCACUGUGCCUUUUUAGAGUCUUCGGCAAAGUCCAAGAUCAACGUUCUCGACAUCUUCUAUGACCUGGUCAGACAGAUAAAUAGGAAAACGCCAGUGGAAAAGAAGAAGGCGAAGAAGAAAUCCAACUGCGUGUUGCUCUAAGGCUUCCUCCAGCAUCAGCUCUGAGCCAGAUCGCUGUAAUGAAGAACUGUUGCUCUAUUGGAACGUGCCUGCAUUCCAACUCCAUCAGUGAAGGAAAAAAAAAAAAAAAAAGGACAUCGGAAGAGAGAGAAGUGGAUUUGUUACGACCAACUUUCAACAUGUCUCACAAAGUCCUCUCAGCUUUUUCUACCAGCCUGAAGAACUAUUUGGAAACUCUGGCCUCUGAAAUGGCUGCUCCAUUUUCUCCACCAUCAUCGUUUUUUAAAAGCAAAUGAAAGCUGAGAGAGAGAGAGAGACUGCGGUAUUUCUUCCUUGCAGUAGCUUAUUCAGAGACAUGGACGGAUUGAAUUUAGUUGUGCGACGGUAAAAUGCGUAAACCUUCGGACCAGUGUGGACUCGUGUUGGUGUGAUUAUAGAUAUUGCAAGUCGAAAUCCAGUUGAAAUACGCCCCUUUUUAAAAAACGAGAAUUCUCUGCUCUCCGCUCCGACGGUGUCGACAGUAACAGAUCAAAACGCCAUAUAUUUUUGUGUUCCCGAAACCACGGACUUCCUCGUCUGAAAACACCACCUUUCUAAAGCGACGUUAUUUUAUAUAUAAAGCCACACUGCUUUCAUAUCUCCCAUAAUAUAUUUCCGGUUCCCUUCAGCAUCGAAAUGCUUUAGAAGAAGGGUCUUUUAUAAUGAGAAAUUGGGGAGGGGGAUAAUGAAGAGUUGAUUUCUAUGUCUUGAAGCUCAGAUAUAUUCUACUAAACCAACUCUAAUAUUGCUUCUUGUCUUCUUCCUGUCAACAGUAAUUUUUCUUGCUCUUCUGAAUGAUAUGAAUGAUUAAAUUUUAGUACAUUUUCAUUAUUUUGGUCAUUGUAUUUAAUUUUAUUCAUGUUCGAAUGCAGCUUGGUAACUAGGUAUUUAUUUGUUUGGACCUGUUUGUGCGUAAUUGCCUCAUAUAAGAUAAUAAACAUCCCCAAUGCGAGUGACUUCUUUAUAAA